AUGGAACCCAAACUGAAGUUACCUGUCCCUUUCCUAGGGAUUUUGGCUGCUCAUAAGAUCACAGCAAGUUCCCCAGACACUGACCUCCCAACUGUAUCUGGACUGAGGAAAAUAGGUGUAAACUUUACUAUAAGUAACAAGGAAACAGUUAAAAACAGCGAUGUCCUGUUCCUGGCCGUGAAACCUCCCAUCAUUCCCUUCAUUCUGGACGAGAUUGGCUCAGACAUAGAGAAUCGCCACAUCGUGGUCUCAUGUGCUGCUGGUGUCACUAUCAGCUCCAUUGAGAAGAAACUCUCUGCCUUCUCUCCCACCCCAAAAGUGAUCAGGUGCAUGACUAACACACCUGUGAUCGUGCGGGAAGGUGCUACCGUCUAUGCCACGGGGACUCACGCAGAGGUGGAAGAUGGGAAGCUCCUGGAACAGCUGAUGGCCAGUGUGGGCUUCUGCACUGAAGUAGAAGAGGACCUAAUAGAUGCUGUUACAGGGCUCAGCGGCAGCGGCCCUGCUUAUGCAUUCACAGCCCUGGAUGCUCUGGCAGAUGGAGGUGUGAAGAUGGGACUUCCCCGCAGGCUAGCUGUCCGACUUGGAGCCCAGGCCUUACUGGGCGCUGCCAAAAUGCUGUUGGAAUCUGAGCAGCAUCCUGGGCAGCUGAAGGACAAUGUCUGCUCACCUGGGGGAGCCACCAUCCAUGCCCUGCACUUCCUGGAGAGUGGAGGCUUUCGCUCACUGCUCAUCAAUGCCGUGGAGGCGUCCUGCAUUCGCACAAGGGAGCUGCAGCACCUAGCGGAUCAGGAGAAGGUCUCCCCAGCUGCCAUUAAGAAGACCCUUCUGGAUAAGGUGAAGCUGGAGUCUCCCUCUGUUUCCAUGGCCUCUGCCAGCAAAGUCAGUCUGUUCAGCAGCAGCUGGGCACCCAACAGCAAGAAGAACUGAAGGGAUGAGGCUCGUCCAGGCACCAGCCCCCUUGCAUGCACUUCCUUCUCACUCUGUAAAGGAAAAGCUCUAGUCGUAGGCGUUCCCAGCCCCUUGCCUGGCUCUUGGCCUGCAGCAACUUUGGGGGCGGUGCAAAGCUGUAGAGAAGGGACCUUAACUUCCAGCUGAGGGUGGGAACACUGUCACUAGCACUUCCUUCCCUUUGGGGGAGGGUGGUUGCUCCAUCACUGGCACAGCUGGUUGUCAGGGACACAAAGCGUCUCCUCUGGCCAGAGGGCUGGCUUCUCCGUAAAGCUAAACCCCGCCCCCCACCCCACCCCCAUUAAUAAUCUCCUGGGCCAGGGGUCCCCAACGCGGUGCCCGCAGGCGUCAUGGCACCCGCCGGGGUGUCUAGGUGCGCCCGCGUACUGGCUGGCGGACGAGCAUUUCGGUGGCGAUGCCUCUGGAUGACGCUGCUUGUUGGCGGCAUUUUGGCGGAUGCUCGUCCGCCGCCACGGUCCUCCAUGGCUCAUCGUCUGGCACCUGCCAGACGAAAAAGGUUGGGGACCACUGUCCUGGGCAGUAGUUUAUUUUGAUGGGCUUAUUUUAAGGAGUAUCCUGCUGCUACUUGGCUCUGACGGUUAGAGCGGGGCCUUGGGCCCCCCAUGGCUCCUAUCCCCAUCUCUUUUUCUUCACCACCCAGAGUAGAAGCCGUCCCCUCUGUGCAUCAUACUAGGGUUUGGCUCAAAGUUGUCUUCCACUGAGAGCAGCAGCCUUGCUUUCCCCUCAGCCAGAAUUCACAUUUCAGUAGCUGCAUGAUGCAGAUCUCAGAACAUGUCUCUCUCUUCCUGUGCCUGGUGUGAUUUGCAGACCAGGCCAUCCGAACAUCCCCCUUCUGAACACGCUGUUGGGGCCCCGGCCACUUCUCCUCCAUCAGCACCUUCCUGGAUGAACAGCUUAAAAAGCCUCCACUCAAGCGAGUGUUCCCUGCUGCCUAUGAACAGGGUCCAGUCCCAGCCUUACCACCACUGAAUGCUUCAGUUUUCAUCCCAUGUCCGAAACGCUUUCUCCGCUCCUUAGCAUGUUCUCUACCUGCUGCCCUGGGGGCAGAGAGGGGAAGGGGAACCCGCAUUUAGGUCACACCUGGUUCCAGGCCCCAGCAGGAUUUGCCCAUUUCCCAGUGUCUUGUCCAGUUGUGUAUGCGAGGCUGUCAGCCCUUCCCUUGGAGCUGAUUUCACAGGAUUCCUCCAUAUGCAUAUGGUUCCUUUCUAACUUCAUCUCAUUCCCCAAUGUUUACAUCAGUCCUUGAUGGUUUCCAGCUUCACCACCCUUUGUGCUCCAGCUCAAACUGCAAACUUUCUCCACUCUGUACUGCAGCCCCUGUCCCUCCUCUGGCCCUGCUGCACUCUUCCUCUCUUUUCCUGCCCUCUCCACUUACCUGUCACAUGCCCUCCCAUCUCCAGCUCCCUGGAAGGUGGUGCACUAAAGGGAGAGAGGAGAAAUGCCUGGGCUGGCAGACACUAGCCAUGGAGGUGGGUGUUGAACCUCUGUCCAGUUACAUUAGGAGCUACUCCAGGACCAGCAGCACAGGCAGAUGCCUAUCAAUACUUCACUCACUGCUUUGUGUGACUCGUUUACAGCAAGGGGCUAAGCUGAUCUAUGUUUACAUAGCUUCCCUUCCCCUGCUGCUGCUCCCCGUGGAAACCCUGUCACACACCAAAGAAUUGCAUGGGGUAGACAACAGCCCCCUGCCCUCCCUUUGCUUGGGUGCAGUGGAAGCCAGCAGGCAUGGCAAUGAUAUAUUGUUCUAGACCAUUUCCUACCUCUACUCCAACAGGGCGGGGGGGGAAGAGAGGCAGGAGCUGUCUCAGAGCUGAGGUUUACAGUCGGGUGGUGUUGGAGCCUCGUGGGCCAGGCCUCUGUGCACAGAGCCUUGGGGCUGAGUCUCAGUGCAGGUAGCAUGUAGGUUGUGUCCCCGCGGCAGCUGGGAGAGAGCCUCCCACCCCAGACAGGCAGACAUGGCUCAGCUCAGACCGACCCACCCUCCUGUAGCUGAGGGAAGGGGGCUAGUCAGCCACUGCACAUGUGUUUGUAGUGCACUCUCUCAAGCCUGACUAGCACAUCUGGCCUGGGCUGGGAGGCUCACUCCCUGCUGCAGUGGAGACACACUGUCGGUGGCACAAAGGUAAAAGCUUUCUUGCUGUCCCAGCUCCUGCUUGGCAGAAGCAGCGUGGGACACUAUUGCUGAAUUAGACACACUUGCUCCCCCUCCCUCUUUCCAGAAUAAACAUUGCUUCUCAGCC